AUGGACUCUUCCAAUAUCUCUGACUUUGAUUUGCCCAACCAAGGCUCACGAUUACUCUCAGAGUCGUCUUUUGUUCCUAGUAUCAGCUCAGGCUCUUCUCGUACAGGCCCCGGAGGGGCUGAUCUUUCUCUCUCCGAACUCUCGCUCCCCGAUCGUCCAGGCCCAUCUCACCGUCGACCAUUCAGCCUACUUGCGCAACCCAUUACUCACAACGAAGAUGACCCAGAUUACAGUCCCAUUGCUGACGACAACGCAGACGCAGAAGGAGAAUUAGAUCAGACUAUGACACAAGAAGACGUAGAGAAGCUGAAGAAGCUUGCCGCCAAAGCGCGGGAAGAAAAGUUGCAGCACGAUUUGUUCAUCUUGAAAAAGUUGAAUGGAGCGUUUGAAGUCUACAAGGACGCGUUGAAGGAAACAAAGUCUAGUACAGAGCGUGUCGCUAAUCAGUUAGAGCAUACAAAUGCACUGUUGGACAAGUAUGUCAUGAUAUUGUCCAAGUCUGAGACGACUGCCAAAUUGAUCCUGGAUGAACGUUGGAAAGGUGCUGAAGCGGACGAAGAGACCUUGGAACGCGAGCAGGCAGAGGCCGAAGAACGUGCGCGUCGCGAGGAAGAAGAGCGGGUCCUAGCUGCUCAAAGAGAGCGCGAGCGGCUGGAACGCGAAGAACAGGAGCGUAAAGAACGCAUCGAAAGAGAGCGGUUGGAACGGGAGCGUGCGGAGGCUUCCAAAUCCACCGGGAGGGGAGGAGUACGAGGUGUGAGAGGUACAAGAGCAUCAAUGAGAGGCACAAGGGGUGCAGCUCGUGCAGCACCUACUCGAGGGAUGGGCAUCGCCUCUAGCAGUACUUCAAGCGUCCCUAUGUCCAGGCGGACGACAUCAUCGAUGCGAUCUACCGGCGUUACUCGCGGAGUGCCUCGGCGAGGUUGA